AUGUCUAAUAAAAAUAUACAAAAUUUAUAUCAACAUCCAUAUCAUUUAGUUGAUCCAAGUCCUUGGCCUUUUUUCGCAUCUUUUGGUUGUUUAUUUUUUACUUUCGGAACUGCUAUGUGGUUUCAUGGUUAUACAGGAAGUAUUUUUUUAGUUUUUACAGGUUUAAUUAGUAUAUUAUUUGUUUUUUAUACUUGGUUAAGAGAUGUAGUUCGUGAAGCUGUUUAUGAAGGUCAACAUACUUUAAAAGUACAAUUAGGUUUACGUAACGGUAUGCUAAUGUUUAUCAUUAGUGAAGUUAUGUUCUUUUUAAGUUUUUUUUGGGCAUUUUUUCAUUCAGCAUUAGCUCCUACUCCUGAAAUUGGUUCUGUAUGGCCACCUUUAGGUAUAGAAACUAUAAAUGCAUGGGGUAUUCCAUUAUUAAACACUGUUAUUUUAUUAACUUCAGGUGCUACUAUUACUUGGGCACAUCAUGCUAUUAUAGUUGGUUCUAGAAAAAAUAUUAUUUUAAGUUUAAUAUUAACUAUUUCUUUAGCUGUUUUUUUUACAUUUAUUCAAGCAUAUGAAUAUAUAGAAGCUUCAUUUUCAAUUUCUGAUAGUAUUUAUGGUACUACUUUCUUUUUACUAACUGGAUUUCACGGAAUUCACGUAAUUGUAGGUACUAUUUUUAUUAUUGUAGGUACUAUUAGAGCAGUUAAACAUCAUUUUACUAGACAAAAUCAUUUCGGUUUUGAAGCUGCUGCUUGGUAUUGGCAUUUUGUAGAUGUUGUAUGGUUAUUUUUAUUUAUUGUUGUUUAUUGGUGGGGUGGUCAAUAA